GUAAGACUUUAUUAUCGCCUCCGCCGUACGGAUACUAAUAACGAGUUGAUUACCCUACUUUUACCAACAAGCUAUUCUGGAACACCUCAAUCUUUAGGGCCUUGGGUAUUCCGUCCUGCCAUUGAGAGUCGUUGAAGGCAGACUCAACAACUUGUCGCACAUAUCGAAGUGACAUCACGAGGGGCAGCCCCGUCGCGACGACCGCAUUGCCCAUUUUAAACCGGGAACCCCCAUACCAUACCCCCAUACCCCCAUACGCCUUUAUAUUGCACCAUUCCACCAGCCAACAUGCCGAUUCGUAAUCCCUUUGCUCGUCGACAAGGUUUUGGAGCCGUCACGACUGACGAGAAUGCUUACCCUGGCGACGGCCAGGAUCCAUCGCAUCCUGGAUUCGAGAGACAGGAUACCGUCGGCUCCAAGAAUUCAUCGGCUCUGAGCAUUCGUAGCUCCAGGAGUCAGGAUGCCGGCGAGUAUAAGAUGAGCGUUGUCAACGACAGUGGCGUUUACCUACCGCCGUCUCCGACAGAAGAAAAAAGGCUGUGGCCCAAGACGUUUCUGCCGUCGGGGCGCACCUCGACCGACACCCGCCACAGCGGCGUGGGCGAGAUUGAGCCCUUUUCCAUCUCGCGCGAGUCGUUUGACUCAUACCGGCGAUCUUUUGACGUAUCAGCGCGCUCACCCGUGACAAACCACGACGUCCUUCCCCGGCAAUCUCUCGAUUCGGCUCGGUUCCCCCGGUUCCCGCGGACCACCUUCCACCGUAGCACGGUGGGAGAGCAGCCGACGGUGGAGGAAUCGGGGUUCGAAGAAGUAGGACUGCACGACGAACAGGGCAGCAAGCAGCAGCAGCAGCAGCAGCAGCACCCGUCGCCAAAUCCGCAGGCGCAAACGCAAACGCAACGCAGACGGGGCCUGUUCGCGCGCUUUGGCGACUCUGGCGGACACGGACAUGACAACCGCGAUCAGCCGCCGGCGACGCCAACCACCGGCAACCCCGUGUCGCGGUUUCUCAUGACGGGGCGCAAGCGGGCCCAGAGCGGACAAGGGUCGGAGCUGGGCACGAUGGAGCGGCCCCAUACAGCGGAAGCAGAUGGGCAAGAAGUGCGUUAAACGAGCAGAGGCUACAUAGAUUUGGGACUCGUGUGUAGAAUUCGUGAGUCGACGGCCGGGAAAGAACAGGAAGCACUGCGGAGAGGGACGCGCAUUGGUUAUGAAAUAAUGGGCUUGGGAC